ACUGGGCAUACCGGUGGUAUGAUUUUUUUUCACAUGUUCUACAGUAUCAGAUCAAAUCAAAACCAGGACAGUCUGUGAUAUGCUAUGUUUUUGCCAUAAUCGGAUAAGGAAGAGCAUUGUUCAAAUAAUGCCUCAGCCUGGGGACCUGAUUGAGAUAUUCAGGGGAACCUAUCAGCACUGGGCACUGUAUGUUGGAGAAGGUUACAUCGUCCAUCUCUGUCCCCCCACAGAGGCAGCAGGGGCUGGUGCCUACAGCCUGGUGUCUGUGCUGUGUGACACAGCCGUGGUGACCAAGGAGAGGCUGGAGGAGAUAGUGGGCAAGGACAGAUUCCUUGUCAACAACCUGCUGGAUGGCGAACACCAACCCAGGAAUAUUUAUGACAUACUGAGGGAUGCCCGCAGCCUGCUUGGCCUGGAGAUGCCGUACUGCAUCAUGAGGGGAAACUGUGAACACUUCGUCACAGAGCUGCGAUACGGGAGGGCAGAGUCCCGGCAGGUAUAUUAUGCUCUGGGCCUGGGAGUCAGGGCAGUGGGAGUUGGCAUGAAGGCUCUGAAUGCAGCAUCAAGCCUCUCUUGUGUGAAAUCCAAACAAAAGAGACAACGCUUCUCCAUCUGUCUUGGUUGAAUGUGAUUGUGAUUAGCCCUUUUUAGGGAACUCAGAAAACUACAGCUUUUCAGAACAAUAAGAUCGAGUGCCUGUUCUGUUGGCCUAAACACUGUGUAAAUAUGCAGUGCAAUGCCUUAUAUGAUUCUUGAUAGAUGCUGCAUGAUAAGUUUCAGAAUGUUAGUUUUUUUGACAUGUGAAAGUAUAGCUUUUGUCAAAUCACAUUAAACUAGAUUGUAGUGAAUCUAAUGUAAUAUUCCAUUUGUUUGUCAUUUGUCUUUUUAUUUGUAAAUUCAAUUAAUGGGGUAAGAAGAUUUAA